UGAAAUAAGGCAAGCACUCACCACGGCUGCCAGAACACCGCCGCAUGUAUUUUAUUGUAAGAAAUGCAUUAAAAUCUCUGCGCAAUUCCUUGUUAGUUCCGUCUUGUCUAUAGGUCUUACGCUGUGCGUCCUUGUUUUUUAAAAAAGUAAAUUUACGCGAUCGACAUUCAAGUCUUAACGCGGUUAUAAAUUCAAAAGCUAUACAUUUUAAACUUGAAAUUUCUUUCUCUUCUUAACUCUUAUUUUUUCCGAUAAUUUCCGUUUAGUUUUUAUCGCCUAAACAAAACCUACUCAUUUUACUCCAGCUAUCUGCUCUCAUAUUAUUAGAAAAAAUUUGUUUAUUAGGUUAUAAAAAACAAGAAUAAAAAACAAGAUUUAUUAUCGUCGCUUGUUCUGAUGGAUAUUAAACUUAGAAACUUGCACUUGUAAAUCAAAUCCGAAUUGGUCCUGUUUAUUAUUUGAAUUUAGCAUUAUCCGAGACAGCGAGCCUGCAGAGAGCAUUGUACCAAUCACGUACAUAUACCAAAGGUAUUUCUUUGAGUAUCCACGACAAUUUAAUUCGAAUUUACUUUUAUUUCUUGCUCUGAUUGCUUUUCACACAACUAGCUUGGUGAACAAAACCAUUAAUCAAUAAUUAACCAUUAAUUUCAUUUCAUUGAAACUUCAGUCUGAAACAAAACUUUCAUCUGUGAAGCAUUUAAUUUAUUUACAAUAAAUUGAAAACAAUUUACUACUAACUUGACCAAAAGUCUUUAAAAAAUGACCAAUUUGAUUCAAAUUUGUGUCGUUUUUCUUGGCCUAUCUUCCGUUUUUUCGGCGCCAGCCGAUGAUGAGUUUGUAGAUGUUUGCAAAGCAGGCAAACCUAAGGCUACUGAUGGAAAGACACAUCCCCCCAACUACUGGGGCACAUAUAAGUCUACGACCAAGGCCCAGAAGAAAGUGUUUUUGGACAAAAUCAUUGAGCAGAUCAAAGAAGUUCGUCGGACAAAUCCAGAAAAAACUACAGCAUGCGAGGUGCCGUCGGACUUCCAGCUGAGCAGGCACUACGAAAACCUACAGAACCCAACUAGACAGAUCUACAGUUUCUACUGUGCCAAAGCAGCAAACAGAGGCUACGAACACAUUGAGGUUCAAGUCUCUUCGGACGAAGAGAAAUACGUCAAGUGGUCCGAGAAACUGGUAGAUUUUGGAAUUGUGGGGGCUAAGGGGUUUCCCUCAAAUGAAUAUUCCCCGGAAGAACUGGAACAGAAGAAAAAAUACAUCCAGCCCAUUUUCGAGGCAAUUAAGGAUGACAUACCUGCAUCUCUGUGCCCUGAACCUGGCCUUAGAGUUGACUUCUCCCUGGCAGAGAAAGACGAAAACUACUUACACUACUGGAAGUUCCCAGUUUCAUGUGGAGCGGAAGCCGAGCAGAAAAUAGACGUGGAGGUAAUGCAAGACCAGCUGUACUGCUAUGUACAUGACGGGGAUAUAGAAUUGGUCUACAAAUCUGACAGACCCAUUGGUAACAGCUGGGAAGGGGUCGACGGAAACCCUUCAUCGGAAAUGCAAAGUGGAGCUGAAAUCAUUUCAUUCUCCACUAUUGCGAUGACGCUGAUUCCGCUCGUUUUCUUUUAUUUUCUAAUUUGAUCAUGCCCAGAACUCUUAUUACAGAUAGAACUCAAAUUACUUUGUAUAAUAACAAUAUACUGCUCGCAUCAGGGCAAGGCCCUGAAUGUUCCGCAUGUCCUGUACUGUGUUUGAAAGAAAAUGAUGUAUCAAAUUUUAGUAAUAUGUCUAAACACAAUGUCGAAAAAAGUUUAAAGUUUUCGUUUUUUAAAAAAAAUUCUCCCCACACCCAAUUUUAAUUGGAUAAUUAAAGCUGUUCUUUCUCCCCAAGCCCCCCCCCCCCACCAGCGAAAAAUAUAAUUUUCUGUUCACAUUUUCCGAUUGUUAAAAAUUGGCAUGCUGACUAAUUACGUCAUUACAAACAAAUUUAGCGUUCAUAACUAACCUUGUAAACCAAAUUUUGCACCAUAAUAUUGAUGCUCGUGUGCGUGAGGCGACAAUUCGUAACAGGCUACAAUUCUUAACAGGCGACAAUUCUUAACAGGCGACAAUUCUAAACAAGCUACAAUUCGUAACAGUAGAUUGAGC